CCCGCAGGCGACGAGCAACGAAAAGUGCACAAGAUUAAUCGCGCUAUCUUUUGGCCAAAUACGAACUGAUUGCUGGUGGUCCAAUCUAAGUUGACCACGAGCCGAGCUUGUAAGACCAACGAGCAACAUCACCGUUGGCACUGACUGUGCUGCACCAAAAUAACGCGCGUUAUCCUGGUAGUUAGAAUUUUCCCCCCAAAACUGCUGUUGCUGGUGGGAAAGCCGCGUGAUAUGUCCAACUAGAAUCGUUGGAACUGCUCUCUGAAUUGCGGACUUGUUAGUGCACGGGGAAAUAGAUUUCCGCUUGGACCACUGCUCAUUGUACUAGAUAUCAAAAAUGCCUCGAAACAAGAAGAAAAACAAAAAUUCAGGUGACACGUGGCAACAAAACGGUCAAUCCGACGAUGAAACUUCGAACGAUAAUGCGAGCACAUACUCAUGCCACUCGGAAACGCAAAACGACGCCAACAGCGGGGGCCAGGACGCGGGCGAAACGGCGGAACUGAGUGGAUUCGAAAAGUAUGAAGAAAAGUUGCUGCAGGCGAUCGAGAAUGCAACGGACAAAUCACAGCAGGUGCGCAUCAAUGCGCUGCAGCUCAUUAACGAAACCCUAGUACACCAUUACAUACCCGAGUUUAUCGACGAUCGCAAAGUGACGUUGAUGGACAUCGUGGAAAAGUCGCUGAGGCGAGGGAAGGGUACCGAGCAGGCGUGGGCCGCGAAAUUGAUACCGCUACUGAUUAUCCAGAUUGAAACCGAAACGGACAUCAACGAGUUCGUGAGUGUGCUGAAACCCGUACUGCUGAGCACUUUGCUGGACGGAGCUGCUGCAAGUGAGGUUCGCGCCAAGUGCUGCUCCGCGCUCGGGCUGGUAUCGUUCGUCAGUGCGGACGGACUGGGCGAUAUUCUGCCGAUCAUGAAGGUAUUGCAGGGUAUCUACUCUGGAGGCUUCCUGAAGGGGGACGACAGUGCCGCUGGAACGAGCGCCGAAGCUGGCGUUCUACACAGUGCUGCGCUGAGUGCGUGGGCACUGUUGCUCACCUUGCUUGGGCCGGCCGAUUUGGUUGCAAUGGUGCAGGAUAAGACGAACCUGGCCAUACCGUCCGUCACACAUUUGCUGGGCAUGCUGCAGAGUGCCCAUCUCGACGUUCGCAUGGCAGCGGGUGAGACGUUGGCUCUUCUAUUGGAACUCGGCCGUCACCACGACGACGAGUUUCUGGAGGAUUUGCUGCCGGAGCUGAUCGAGGCAACGCAAAAGCUAGCGACCGAUUCACACAAAUACCGCGCGAAACGGGAUCGCAAGAUGCAGCGCGCCACGUUCCGCGACGUAUUGCACUACCUGGAGGAAGACAUUUCACCUGAAAUCGUGAUCAAAUUCGGCCGCGAGAUGCUAACGCUGGACACCUGGGCCGUUCACCAUCAGUACACGUGUCUGCGCAGUGUUCUUGGUUUUGGCAUCAAUGUGCAUCUGAGUGAAAAUGUGUUCAUACGCGACGUUUUUCAACUAGGACCAAAGCUCGACGAACCAGAGCGCCUUAGGAAAACGGUGAAAACCGAACAGAAAUUCAUAAAUGCGGCAGCAUUCAAGGCGAGGACUAUAUCACGUGGGAAAAAUCGAGAUAAGCGAUCUUAUAUGUUGAAUUGAAUUUGAAAACGCGAAACCAGUUUGUACGCCUGGGUCAAUAAGGUCCUAGUAAUCACAAAAAAUCAAGCAUAAAUCAACGCUAUCAAUCAACUUAAUUUACUCCUACAUUUAUUCGUUAUGUGAUGUAAAGCUAUUAACAAGUUUGGAAUUAUGGAAAAAAGACCAAAUGAAUUACGAUCCUUUCGCUGACAACUUCAACUAUUUUCGAUGCCUUUUUUUAUCUACAAUCAAACACCGGGCUGAAUGUUCAAUCAAAGCAGCAGCUGUGCCGGUUUUCAGCACUUUAUCUAAUUCAUACUAGCGCAAUCGCAGCAUCGCAGUAAUAUAAUGCAUCAAAUCCAAAUGUAUAGAGUUUAUUUAAAUACUGAAUAUGUAUAUUAUACGUGUAUUUUCAAUUUACGUUUCCCGUUUGAUCUGUCACAAUGCCCACUGUAACAUAAUCUGCUAAUCCUUCUUUGUUACCGUUGCACAUGGCUAACUGUCCUUCAUUCGCUUGCAAAGGGAUAGUAAAAGAACAUUUUAAACUCAAAUUUCCUUCGACAACGAGAUAUUUUGUUCUUUGCAGCAUCUUACUGACCCAAGUGUUAAAUAAUGUCACGGUUUCUAUGACCAUUUUAAAUAAAUUGUAAAAAGCGAAUAAUACAAAUGUACUAUAUAAUGCAAAAAUGCUAUAUAGAAGGAAAAAAACAGAUUAAAUACAGCCUCAAAUUAAUUGAGUGGCUGCUACGUUAAAUCACCUAGUAAAUCGAGGAAAAAGAAAAGCGAGGGAACGUCCAUUUGAAGCGAGGGAACGGUUUUGAGAUGGUAAACUUGCGAAUGUGUGUGUGUGUGUGUGUUGUCCUUCACUUGUUCCAUUUUAAAGUACUCUCCAAAUGUUCCUAAACCAUUAAAAGAAACUCAAAUUGAAGAAAACCCAUUUCUCCACUGACCCCAGCAGCUUGUGAUUGAUUCAAACCCCUCUCAGGAGCCCAGAGUUAUUGAAUGCGGGUAACUUGGCUAAUUUAAAUGAAUUUUUUUAUAAUUAGCGGUCUAUUUUAUGUCUUAUUCUCUUGUUUUCCUUGUUUCUCAUGCUGUGCUGACUAGCAAAAGCAACAGUACCAUUUAAUCUAUCGGUGGCUUAUUGUAUGUUAUAUGUUAUGCAUCUUCUUUGGCUGAAUAAACAAUUUAUGAAAAACGUCAA